GCCACCAUGGCAUCGGAUGAAGGCAAGCUUUUUGUUGGAGGGCUGAGUUUCGAUACCAACGAGCAGUCUCUGGAGCAGGUCUUCUCCAAAUAUGGCCAGAUCUCUGAAGUGGUAGUGGUGAAAGACAGGGAGACACAGCGAUCUCGGGGGUUUGGGUUCGUCACCUUCGAAAACAUUGAUGAUGCCAAGGACGCCAUGAUGGCUAUGAAUGGGAAGUCAGUGGACGGGCGACAGAUACGUGUUGACCAGGCCGGCAAGUCUUCCGACAACCGAUCCCGUGGGUACCGAGGUGGUUCUGCCGGAGGCCGGGGCUUCUUCCGAGGGAGCCGAGGCCGGGGCCGUGGGUUCUCCAGAGGGGGAGGGGACCGUGGCUAUGGGGGUGGCCGCUUUGAGUCCCGCAGCGGAGGCUAUGGCGGUUCCAGAGACUAUUACAGCAGCCGGAGUCAGGGUGGCAGCUACGGUGACCGGAGCUCAGGAGGGUCCUACAGAGACAGCUACGACAGCUACGCUACACACAACGAAUAACAAUCCUUCCUGCUCAAGACCGUCCUUCCAUGGCUGUAUAUUUAAAGAUUUUGGGAGCUGCGCUGAAUCGUUGAUGUGUAGUGAACACACCUCCUUGUAUUCCCACUUUUGUAGUCAUUUCUGUUCUGAUCUUGUCAACCCUGCCUGACUGCCUCUGACCCCCCUCGAGAUGGCCUCAAUAACUAGACUUUGCUUUUUAAGGAGGCGCUGUCUGUUUUUAAGGGUUUUGAAACCGUUUUUGAAAAGUACUUCAGAGUUUACUUUUUUUUUUUUAACCAUGAACCGUAGCUUUUUUAAAAAACAAUUAUUGGGGGUUGUGUGUUUUUU